UAUUUUUAAUUUUGCAAAUAUUAUGUAUAGAACUAAUUGGAGAUCAAGUGAUGACUGGAGAGCACAGGGACUGUCAAUCAAAAGCAGUGCCUCGGAUACAGCUAUCAAACUAUAUGAUGCCGCUGUCACUCAGUUAAUCGGAUGGUAUGACGACCCAAAUUUGGGUGGACUGUCCAAAACAUGCGACGACAUGGUUAAGGCUGAUCCUAAUUUUAUUUUGGGCCGAAGUUUUAGUCUGGGCUUAGAAUUGAUCGGAACGACCAAUAGUGUACGUUUGGACAGCAAUUUGAAGGCACAGUUGGAUGAUUUGUUGCGAUUGACCGAAAAACAUAGAAACCAAAUUGAGGACAGAGAACUGAAACAUGUCGAGGCUGUCCAUCGGUUUGCUUCGGGCGACUGGAACGGAGCAUCAAAUAUAUGGGAGGAAAUUUUGGUCGACUAUCCCACUGACAUACAGGCCCUGAAGUUCAGCCACGACGCCCUUUUCUAUUUGGGUAAAAGUACUCAAAUCCGUGAUUCUAUCGCUAGGGUAUUGCCGGUUUGGGAUCAAAGUUCACUGCCAUUAAAAAGCUAUAUUCACGGUAUGUAUGCGUUUGGUUUGGAGGAAACACAGUUUUACGAUAAAGCGGAACGGGAAGCAAAAUUGGCGCUCGACGCCAACCGUAACGACGCCUGGGCUACCCAUGCAUUAUCUCACGUAUUAACUAUGGAAAGUCGUAACGAUGACGGUAUUCAACUGAUGAGUUCGACCACCGAGGACUGGGAGGUUUGCAACUUUUUGGCCUGUCAUAAUUUCUGGCAUUGGGCACUGUUUCACAUUGAAAAAGGCGAAUACGAAAAGGCUGUCCAACUAUUCGAUAGUCAAAUCGGUCGCCGAGCCGUCGAAAACGGGGCAAUGUUGGACAUAGUGGACGCUGCGUCACUACUCUAUCGACUGGACCUAAUCAAACCCAAACAGUUUACCACCGCUGAGCACUGGGAUACCGUCUACUCAAUUAUUGAGCCCCACCUAAGCGACCAUAUCUACGGUUUCAAUGACGCCCACUUUAUGAUGGCCUGUCUUGGGUCGCAUCAUACGAAAGCGGCCCAACAACUGGUCCGAUCGUUUGAUCCGUCAGUCAGUUCCGAUGAUUGGGUUAGAGUAACCGUUCCGCUGUUGGAAGCGAUGAUCGACUUCAACGACGAACGAUACGCCAAUGCAGUGGACAAACUCAACAAAAUACGAUACGAUAUCAUUGAUAUCGGCGGUAGUGAUGCUCAACGGGAUGUGUUCAACCAAUUGCUGAUCGUUGCGGCCCUGAAAUCGCCGAAAGACAGUCACAAAAGACUUUGCCAGCGAUUAUGUGCCGAAAGACGGGCAUUGAAUGACUCGCCAUUUAUUAACACAUUAUUAUCGGUUCAAUAAUUAAAAAAAAAAUUCAAUAAUAAUUAAAUCAACAAAAAAAAAUAGUUUAUAAAGUUUAUAUCGCUUUAAAAACCAUAUAUAAAAUGUUUUUUAAAAUAAA